UUAUGUAUUGAUCUGUCAAUAAGGUGUUGGGACUAGGGACUCCACAUUGGUACGCUUUGGAACUAGGCUCACACGAAUUUGCUCUCCAAAAGGUCUCAUUCCCAAGAUAUUCUCCUCUUGUACCUGAUAUUUCAAGAGCAAUCUUAAAAGUGAUAGAGGGAGAAAAAAUGAAGGAUAUUAAUAAUGCAUGGCUGGGGGAAGAAAGCACAUGCGCAAAUUCUAGCUCUUCAAUCUCUUCCAGUAGUCUUGGUCUUGAUAGCUUUUGGGGCUUAUUCCUAAUUGCAGGAGUUGCUUCAACAUUAGCACUGCUCAUAUUUGCAGUCAUGUUUGUCUAUGAGCAAAGGAAUCUGUUCAAGACAUCUGAUUCAGAAUCUUCAAAAUGGAGAAAAAUCCAGGAUUUGGCAAGAAUAUUGAACCAGAAGGACCUCACUUCACAUACUUUCAAGAAAGGUAAACUCCAUGAAGAAAGUGGGAUUCAAGGUCAUGAUCAGAGUCCUAUUGGAACCUCUCCAUGCACCCACAGCUAUCCUAGUCCAUCAAAAUAUGAACACAGUUUCACUUUCUAUGGAGAACAAGGAACACCAUCUCCCGAUCAUGGAAAUCCGAAUAAUCCAAAUGUUCAAGUGACUGAAGAGAUUGACGUAGUUAUUGAACUUUCCAAUAUUCACAGUCAAGAACAGCAAAGAAUUCCUGAAGAUAAUCCAUAA